UGCAGUGCGGCGCCACUCUUUUUUUGCACGCACACGCGUCUAAGUCGGCGUCGGCGUCAUCAGGGAGCCGCUAGAGGCGAUCGGCGCAGGACUGUAGUCGAUGCCAGGGGCUCCUGCGGUCUGUGAACGGGGUUCGUUUUCUUCCGGUCCCGCCUUGAACAGCUUCGGAGGGAGCAACCUGCUAAGUGCACAGUGGCAAGCCGUCUCUGCAGUUUUCUCGGGGCGCCUAACCCUCUGACACCUCUGACAAAGAGUCAGUCUAAACCGGCAGUUGCCGACCUGGUCGUCGUCGUCAUCGUAACUGGUAACCAGGCUCUAUACCAGCGGCCGAUAAUAGCCAUGCCGAGCACGGGCCAGGUACCGUCGCUGACGGUGCUCCAGCCCCCGCAGGAGGACGCGCACAACAACCACCACCACCCGACCAAGGACCAGUACCGGGUGGUGGUACUGGGAGCAGCGCGUGUGGGCAAGACGGCCAUCGUGCACCAGUUCCUGUACGACGAGUUCCCCGUCGACUACUUCGCCACCGUCGAAGAGUUCCACACGGGCGAAUACGAGCUGAAUGGUGCCUCGCUCACGCUGGACAUCGUGGAUACGAGUGGCAGCUACCCGUUCCCUGCCAUGAGGCGGCUGGCCAUCACCACGGCCGACGCGUUCGUGCUCGUCUACGCCAUCGACGACCCGGAGUCGUUCGAAGAGGCACGCCGCAUCCACGACCAGAUCGUCGAGCUCCACUCAGCCAAGGCUCCUGUGGUCGUGGUGGGCAAUAAGUGUGACCUGCCUGCUGCGAUGCGUCGCGUCAGGCGAGAGGUGGCCGAGACCAUCAUCUCCAUCGACUGGGAGCACGGGUUCGUCGAGUCCUCGGCCAAGGAGGACAUCAAUGUGUUUGCCAUCUUCAAGGAACUCCUUGUGCAGGCCAAGAUCCCGUACGACCUGAACCCGGCAUCCGUGAACAAGAGGCGUCGCUCACUGCCCGUCUACCCGACCAGUCCGACCAUCAAGGACAAGGCAGUCCUCAAGAGAAACAGCUGCGCUGUUUCAUAGUUGCGUGGAGGUCGUCGUUAGUGUUGUUUUUUUCCCACAGAAACACGUAUUCUGGACUCGCGCCUGCCUCCAGUGCCAGUGACUGUGACGUUGCGCUGCCUGUGCCGUUGUGCUAAACUCAGCAGAUGAAUUCGAAGUGAAACAAAAUGUCUGCACCUGUGAGAUCAAGAUCAGUACUGCCAGUGUCAAACGCCAGUGAAAUAUUGCUCGGAUCGAGGAGGUUCCAAAACUGCCAAAACGACGUCCUAGUAAACCACUGAACAAAUAAGACAGCACGUCGUAUAAGAUACAGGAACAGCUGUACCCCCUACGAUACAAUAGUCUCCGAAGUACAGCAAGCACAGUGACGUGAACGUUCAGCUAAUAACGACGUCGUCGGUUUGAAUGGAACGCUGCCUAUGGAAAGCCGGACGACAAAAAGAAGACUCGCUUGCUGAAGAAUGGCUGGUCCAGGUCCCCAUGCCGACUGGUGCCUGCAGUCGAUUAGGGGCAUAAAGUUGUACAUAUGGCACUUUUCAGCACCGUAUUCUUGAGCAGCUUGUGAUCAUGAUCCUGUGUUUCCAAGACAAUAAGACUAACAUAAACUAAGUCGUGGUUCCAGUAACUCGCUGCCCAAGUCUACGCCGGCUACAACGUCUGACCACGUUAAUGUUUCAGCAGGGUGAUUCUGAAGGUAAUUGAAUUCAAGAUGAACUUGCUUCAAUCCGAGAAAUUUCCCCUUGAUGGGUAUGUCACUCAUGAAAGCCAUCGUUAGAAGUUCCUUGUGCUCGCAACGUAGGAAGCUCAGCGUAAGCAAAGAACAAGCACCCAACCGCCAGCGUGACACAGCAGAUAGAGCAAUGGCUCUGACGCAACCCAGCCACGGGAUCCAGCAUUGCUUUCUCAUUGACACCGAGUGUAUGUGCCCCUGUGGCCUCUUGUGUCAGGAACAAUCUGACUGAGAUGACAAUCACAGUGCGGCUAUGCUGAACUGGGCAGCUAUCAGUGAGCAGGAGAACAGACGUGUGAUCACCGUACGGUCGGCUUAUGUUCGCUACCAGGACUGUCACACCUCGUCGCAAUGAACUAGCGCAUUUGCGACGUUGCUUACUCCGUCGGAACACCUUAACAUCGACUAACACGUCGUCCGUCGUUGCAGGCACAAUAAAACUUACCAGUGUGCGUAAGGAAUCAAGCAACAUAUUUCCGAUGGACAUUCUGCUCACACGGCACUCACCAGUCUUGAGACCCGAUGCAACGCCGGAGCUAGUUACCUAUGAUGUGCUCGAAACUGAGAUAGCGUGGUAGUAAACGCACUAGCGAUGAAGGGCCAAUCGGAAGUUGCAGUUUUGACGCAGAGUCAGAUGACCAGCUUAACACAUGUUUUUUUUUCCAGCUCACAGUCGUAACGAAACACAAACAGCCAAUAAAGCAGUGUAGGAACAGUGUCUUUCGUAAAAACAUUCAAACACGCGUGCUAGCUUUGGAAUUUGAUAUGAAUAUGUAUGACGGGAAACACAGCUAAAUGAUGUAAUGCACGAAGUUUCCCUUCCUAUCUCUAGACUAGUGUUCAACGUUGGGAAACCCCGUCUCUGUAUUAUUAUUUUUUUCUUUUUUCUUGCCAACACUCCUGUACUCGGCCAAGGUAUUUAUAUCCCUUACUGUAAUUGCCAAUAGCGCAAGCUACCACCUCUUAAAGGUACUAUUUAUUGGGCUUAUUACAGUAACCUGCCGGUCGCUUGCGUGCAGAAUAUUUUUCGCAAUCAACCUAAAAUAAACUUCCGGUUCUAUACAGCUAGGACUCGAAUCCACGACUUUGUGCUCCAUGCUCAGCAAGAAAAUUCCAUAGCCACUGAGAGACCACGCAGCGGGAAUUAGUAAUAAGGUGACGUCAAAACAAUGGAAAUAACUAAUCUAAUCUCUCGUUUCAAAAUCAAGUUUGCGAGGCAAUUUGGUUUGCCGGUAAUUACACGUUCAAUGUGAUAAAGGUCUGCAUGAGUGUAUCCGAGGUAAUAAGCAAUUAGAAUUAAAAUGGCUUUUAGAACGAAAGAACAGACCCUUAACGUAUACUUGUUAAUAGUACAGGGCUAUUUUUGACAGAAUAAACGAGACACCGAGAAAUUACUACGUUUUACCACAAGGUUUAUUCGUCGUACAUGUUCAACGGUAGCUUCUAAAAACUUGAACCUGGCCUAGUUGGUAUUUACUACGUCACAUGUUCAUCGCUAAGGGAAGGCGAGGACAGCACAACAGAACCCGAACAAUGGCAUGGUCGGUAUGACACCACAAACAUGUCACGUGGUAGCUUCCUAGUUGAGCGAACCACAUUGACAGAGGUACAACGGUAAUUAAGGAAGCUUGUUCCUUGAUUAACUUGAUAAAGAGAGAGCACGCUUGGAGCUUUAGUUGUGAUUGGGGUACCCAGCCAUCUAAGUUAAAUUUACAGGCUCUUUUCCGAAUUGUGGCAUAAAUCUCUGUGGCCACGUUUGUGCCGAUGGUGUUGCAUACAAACGCCUGAAAAAAAAAAGAACCAUCUCAUGGGACUCCCACGUUUGUGACUGCUUAAUAAUCGCUAUCUAUCAGAAUUCCAAUGCGAAGUUCUUGGAUUUUUUUUCUUUCUCUGUAACCGUUUGAUUUUGAUGUGUCUCUAAGAGCUAUUUCUUAAGUGCUCCCGUAACUAAUUAUCAGUAGGACAUCAAUGCGAAAUGUGCAGACGAGAUAUUUCGCCACACCAACUGCAAAUAUUUCAAUAAAAAUUUGCAUUGUCUCAAUUCUUUUCAGAUGAUAGGCGACUUUAAAGAUAUUAGCAAUCGAUCUGAUGAUUUAGUGCGUAAUUGUUGAGGACAUGCUUCAAACAAUGAUUGUUAAGAACGACAGCACAUGCCUAAGAAGACAUACCGAGCGACCAAAGUUGGCGUCAAAGAGGUUCUUGGAGAGCGGCACACAGCCAUUGACUCAUGCCUACUUGCCAAAGUUCGCUUUAAAGAACGUCACCAACGAGCCGGACAUAAGCUGUGCGACGUGCCUAGUGACCCCAGUUGGCGUCAACUGGGGUCAAUUUUGCAAGAGCCUGCUAGCAACCUGCUUCUUUUUUCAGGUAGAGUGUGAUGUUGCGUUGAACCAAGUUUAGGGGGAUUUCCCCCACCGAAACAGCGCAACUUCACCGCACACCUUGCGAAAUAACAACGUGAACUGACUCUCAAGAAGGCUGGCUUAGUGCUUACAAAGAGUUGUUAUGCGACGUCAUAAAUUCUUCCAAACUCUUUCCCCGCCUCUCUGAUGGACCACAAAAUUCCGAAAUCAAAAGAUUAAGUUUAGGAGCCGUUUUGAAGUGGUAUCGGACGUGGCGAGCUUUUAAAAAGAAGGCGAUAGUUUUUACCGAACGUCUGUUGUCAUAUGCACGAUGAAACGUUGUCGCUGAUGUCCCAUUAUUUUGGUUUUGUCCAGAUGUUUUCAGCACACCUUUUAGUCAGCUCUGUUUCAAAGAACAAAAGCACGAUGGCUAAAUCAAGAAAUUGUGUAGUGCCCUUAAAACAGCGUGCAGCGAUUCUUUUAAAGCAACAAAAAAAUAAAACAUUUUUUAUAUAUUCAGCUCGAUUUUUUAAAAAUUAUUAAUGGCGACACGAUUUCCUUGGCCCAAGUUUUCAUAGCGUUACUAACACACAGGAGGCUGACCACAAGGAACAAUGCUAUAUUACCGCCUUAUUAUGGUGGCGAGGAGUGCAAUUGUCGGAUAACAUCACGUGCAACUUGACAAUUGUCUUACCACACACUAGUCAACACGCUUCAGGAUUUUAAUCACGCAGCCGUACUUUUACUUGGUCGCCAUCAGAGGGCUUCAGAACAAAUGUAUUUACGAACGUGGUAGUUGUGCUAAACAUAAAAGCCGAAGUUUUUUUCAUCUAAGAACGGCGCUCGAUGUCAACGCUUUCUCCUUUAGGCCUUUAGUUCUGCUUACUUUGACAGAUGUCGCGUCGAUGCAAAGAGAUAAUGUUGAAUGUUGUAGGAAUAAGCUAGACGUUUUUAAAUGUGCUACAUCUGUGAUUUUCCCGAUUUAAAGGUGAUCUGUAUGUGUUAACAAGGUUGCAUCGACGUUAUUUUGUUGUCGUGAAGCCACAGUACUAUCCGUGGUCAUGUGUAACUGGUGAACUCUUGUUCAACUUGUGCGUAGAUGGCGCGAGAAUGACCCCGGCCGGGACUGCAUUAAAAUGACGAAACACGCUGCUUCCAUGUGUAAAUAAAGGCUGUUGCAC